CGUUAUUGUCACGGUAGGAAAUCCAGUGUUUCCUCCGUGUCAUGUUUUGUGGUUGUUUUUGUACUUACGUUGUCUCCAUGUGCUCGUUUAGUUGAUUGUGGUCACCUGGGUGUUGAUUGUCUCGCUCCAGCUGAUCCUCAUCACCCCUCAGCUACAUAUACUCACCUCUCUCUCUGUCUGUUGUCAGAUCCUCACUCAUGUUGCAGUCUCCCUGUUGGAUUACCGUCUCCCGUGUUUGUGUUCUGGAUUGUGUUCGUGUUGUCGUCUUCGUGUGAGUGUUCCGGUCACUUCCUGGUUUCAUCCAUUGACCGUCUACACCGUCACCACCGACUUCACCAUCCAGCACUUCUCACGCCACUGUAGACCUUCCGUCACCAUUGCCCACAUCCUGGACUGUGCCUUCAUCUUUCAGUUUCGCUGUAUUUUCUACCAUCAAUAAACAACCAUUCUAAUUACCUGCAAUUGCUUCCUCCUCUCUUACGAGCCAUCACAGUAGGAUCUGACCAUCAUGGAAGCAGCAGGCAAUCGCUCCCCAUCUCAUCUAGAGGACAUUCUGCAGAGAGUCGUUGAUCGUAUGGAGCGCCAAGACAAGGCGAUAGAUGAGAUGGGUCGAGCCUUCCAAGCAAUGGUGACGAAGGUGUCCGAGCUCGCUCUCCAGGCUCAACAGCAACAACAACCGCCACCCGCUGCGCCUCCCACGCCACCCACACCGCCGAUCGUCUCCGGAGGGAUUUCCCAGCCCGAACCACGCCUCCCCAUUCCUGAGAAAUAUGCGGGGGGAGGCAGUGGAUUUGGCUAACGUGCCCGCGGAGUACCACGACCUGAGGGAGGUGUUCAGUAAGUCUCGGGCUGAUUCUCUUCCUCCUCAUCGUCCCUAUGACUGUGCGAUAGAGUUAUUGCCAGG